AUGGAACCCGAAUUUGCCUGCGUGCUCAGGUUUGGUAAAGUCGUGGACCUUCUUAGAUACAAGGUCGUAGAGCUCGAAGCGCCGGUUUCGCACCUUCCUGUCGUAAUAUCUGGUUGCUUGUUGUUGGUAGUUUGCAUACGCAGGAGGGCGCGAUCCCGUAGCUCUUCGGCGUGGGCUAAACUAUGCAAGAGUGAGUCAUCAUUCAGUGCCGGGUUGAGGGGCAUUAACGAUCGUCGUAGGCUGGCUACGUGCAGUUCUGCCGGUGCUAGCGCUUCGCAACUUUGCGACAAAGAGAAUGGGGUUUCCCCGGAUGCGGUUCUGGGGGUGGUUCGAUGCGACCAGAGUACUCCAUCCAAUUCGUCCGCCCAAGCUCCUUGGUAG